AAAAAAAAAAAUUUAUGUAAAAUUUUCCAAAAAAACAAAAACCGUUAUUUGUUCCGAUGGCUGCUGCACCGACUGAGACCCAAAACCCCUCAUCACUCCCACUCCUCGACCGAGUUGCCAUUGUCACCGGCGCCUCUCGCGGAAUCGGCCGAGCCAUUGCUCUCCAUCUCGCCUCCCUCGGCGCUCGCAUCGUCAUCAAUUACACAUCAAACUCUACUCAAGCCGACGAAGUAGUCGCCGAGAUCAACACCUCACCUACCUCUACCUCCACCACACUUCGAGCCGUCGCAGUCCGAGCUGACGUGUCCGACCCCGACCAAGUCAAGUACCUCUUUGAUUCGGCCGAGCAGUUCUUCAAUGUUCAGCCCCACAUUAUGGUCAACUCCGCCGGAGUCAUCGAUUCCAAAUACCCCUCCAUCUCCAACACCUCCAUUGAAGAGUUCGAUCGCACAUUCAGUGUGAAUGCAAGAGGGGCAUUCUUGUGCCUAAGAGAGGCAGCAAAUAGGUUGAAGCGCGGGGGUGGUGGUCGAAUCAUAUCAGUUACUAGUUCCCAAAUGGGGGCACUGAGGCCAGGCUUUGGGGCUUACGCGGGGUCAAAGGCAGCGGUGGAGACGAUGACAAAGAUACUUGCGAAGGAGCUGAAGGGGACGGGGAUCACAGCCAACUGCGUGGCGCCAGGGCCAAUCGCAACGGAUAUGUUCUAUAUGGGGAAGACUGAGGAACAAAUUCAGAGAGUGGCGGAGGAAAAUCCGCUGAACCGGCUUGGUAAGCCUCGGGAUGUGGCGUCUGCGGUGGGAUUCUUGGCUACUGAUGGGAGUGAGUGGGUUAAUGGACAAGUGAUUCGUGCAAAUGGUGGGUAUGUUUGAAAAUAACUUUGUGUUUCUUCUUGGCUGUGUGGACUGAAAACGUAGGAAUUUUUUUUUAAUAAUGUGGUUAGUUUGCUAAACUGACGACAUGAAAAAUUGAAAUUAGCGAAAUAAUCUCAUUGAAUGUAAUGCUAAGAGAGAAGUUUGUGUAGUCAAAAAUUUUCGACCAACUAA